AUGGCUUUGCUUUUUCAGUUCUGCUACCAUUGUGUUAUCUGUUGUCUAUGUUGCGGGCUUGUUUUCGCCAAAGACAGUAACUCCCUGAAGACACGACAUAAUAGUGCCCACCAAAAACAUGAGAAGCAAUCACAAAAGCGUGAUAAUCAACAGCCACUGGACAUAAAACCAAAAUCGCGUCCCUCUGCUCACGCCACUUCUUCCCGCUCUUUGGAAUCGGCAACUGAAACAAAACAGACAGAAUCAUCAGGCGUAUUAUUGGUAGAUUCGAUUUACCAGUCGGUGACAGAGAUUGCCGGAGUUAAUAACGCUGAGACUAAACAUUAUUUUGGUCCCAGCAGAGUCGGAGAAAAACAUGUCGGUCGUGACAAUAACGCAGCAAACGAGGAUGAUGUAUAUAUAUUAAGCAAACGUCAGUCUGCGACGGAACGCGCCGACAAAUCACCAUCAAUUGCUUCGGAGAUCGUCGACGCGCGAAACGUGUUAAAAAAUGGAGAAGACCACCAAGGAAAAAUACACAAAGGAAGUAAUAUUGGUAAAAACUUGAACAAUAAUCUCAACUCUGAUGGCAGCGAAAUCUCUUUCCCAACUAAGGAAGAUUAUCUCCAUCGUUACUAUGGGAUGAACAGGAAAGAGAGGCAAAAUAUCAAGCAAAGAAAAAGAGCUCGGGAUGAAGAGAAGGAACGGGAAAAGAUUAUCUCAUCCGCAGCUUCUUCCAAGCCAAUGACAGGGCCAGCUUCUCUGUCAAAGGCGAAAAGUGUUCAUGAAAGUAACGGACAAAGUCCAUCUGACGAGGACAGCAUCAAUGCAACAGGUGACAGAAUGACAGAAAACAACAGAAAAAAUCUAUAUAUAUAUGACAAACAUCAUAUCGGCGAUGAAAUCAAUUACAUUGAGGACGACGAAGAUGAUAAUAUGAAUUAUGCCGAACACGUUUCUAAGUAUACUGGAGGCCGCGUGAAACGACGUGUAGCGAGAGUCAGGGACGAAUGGCCGUACGGAGACGAUCGCAAUGUCGGUUACGCAGGCUACCGAGAGAAGAACAAGGAGCGAUAUAGCGGGGGAAGAAGUAGGAACCGCAGAGGUAAAGGAAGGGGUUCGAACCCGUAUGGGCAUGAGAGAAGCGACCUGGAAGUGGGACCUAGCUUUGAUCAAGUAAGCUCUGAUGAUCCUGACCCUGCAGAAUACCCCAUGGCACGGUCCCCUCGCCGCAGUCAUCAAAAGACGAUAGGUAUCGGAAAAGGUGGUGGAGGUGGUGGUGGUGGUGGCAGGAGGGGAGGAAGCGGUGGAGGUGGAGGCGGAGGACGAGGAGCCGGUCGGGACCGGCGUUAUGGAAAUCGACACGACGAGUUUGACAGCAGUGAACGUAGCUACCUGGAAGAAGAAUACAGUGAAGUAAGGCCCCACUCCGCAUCGUCACCGCCUUCUCUUUCUCCUUCCCGCCACUCCGACACUUAUGCGCGUUACUCGGAAGACCCGUCCGGAACGAAGAACCCCAAAUCUCCGACUCAGAAGACCUGUCACAUUUGUACGAUGAAGAAAAUGGACCGGGAAAUGAGACUCCGGAGUCUGAAAGCACAAAUAAUUAAACAAAUUGGAUUAAGUGAACUGCCGAAUAUUACGAAAAACGACCGUAUUCUAUCGAAAGUUCCUACCCUAAAGCACAUCAUUGAGAAUAUGACAAUGCAACGGGAUGAACCCUCCUGGCGGGACUUUUCAGACGACAAAAUGGAUGAUAUCAAUGAGCAAAUGAUUAUCACAGCUGAAAGUCGUAAGUAA